AUGGGCUUAGAUAACAGGCAAUUAGGGUAUCUCUUGUACUUUUGGUGCUUCUCUUCGGCAUGGAUGAGUGGAGAUAAAGCCUUGGUUUUGUGCUUUGUUGAGUUUUCUGAUGCAAAGUGUGCUCUCACUGCUUUGGAAGCCCUUCAAGGUUACAAGUUUGAUGACAAGAAACCUGACUCCCCUGUCUUGAGGACCCACUUUGCCCAUUUUCCUUUCCGCCUGCCUUCUGAACAUGAUGAGCAACAUUUUGGAGGUCGACGAUGA